GUAGAGGGUGAGGCUGUUACCGUGAAAGAAGAAGAGAAAUACGUUUCAGUGAAAGAAGAGGAAGACGCGUUCAGAGUGAAAGAGGAGGAGGAGGAGAUGACUGUCACGUCGAAAAAGGAGGAGGCAGAAGAGGAGGAAACUGAAUAUCUGGGCCCGGUUUCCCAAACGCAUCUUAAGGCAUCCAAUGGUUCUAAUGAUGAACAUAGCAGUAAGAUGGUUUUGAGAAACCGUUCCCUGAUUAACACUAGAGCGAGACGUGACCAUCGUGGAUCCACUGGGGAGCCUCAACAACAUCAUGAAGCUGACGAGGCAGACAAGAAUCUCUCCACAUCAGAACAUCUCAAGCGGAAACCCACAGGGAAGAAAUCUCUCCACUGCUCUGACCGUGGGAAGAGUUACUCAAUAUCAGGUUCACUGAAAGUGCACCAGAGAUUUCACACAGAAGAGACAUCUCACUGCUGCUCUGACUGUUGGAAGAGAACCUCUUCAGCAGAGCUCAAAAGACAUCAGAGAAUCCAUACAGGAGAGAAACGUAAUAGCUGUGAUCAAUGUGGGAAGAGUUUUACUACAUCUAGCAAUCUGACUAUUCACCAGAGAACACACACAGGAGAGAAACCACAUGGCUGUGAUCAAUGUGGAAAGAGUUUUAAUGCUCCAAGCAGCCUGAAAACACACCAGAGAACACACACAGGGGAGAAAUCUUAUAGCUGCUCUGACUGUGGGAAGACCUUUUCAAAACUAUAUACAUUACAAUCACACCAGAGAAUUCACACUGGAGAGAAACCCCAUCGCUGUGAUCAAUGUGGGAAGAGUUUUACAACAUCUAGUCAUCUGACUAUUCACCAGAGAACACACACAGGAGAGAAACCUUAUAGCUGUGAUCAAUGUGGGAAGACAUUUUCCAAAUUAUAUACAUUACAAUCACACCAGAGAAUUCACACUGGAGAGAAACCUCAUAGCUGUGAUCAAUGUGGGAAGAGUUUUACUACAUCUAGCAAUCUGACUAUUCACCAGAGAACACACACAGGAGAGAAACCACAUGGCUGUGAUCAAUGUGGGAAGAGUUUUACUACAUCUAGCAUUCUGACUAUUCACCAGAGAACACACACAGGAGAGAAACCUUAUAGCUGUAAUCAAUGUGGGAAGAGUUUUGUUACAUCCAGCAAUCUGACUAUUCACCAGAGAACACACACAGGAGAGAAACCAUAUAGUUGUAAUCAAUGUGGAAAGUGUUUUGCUCAUGCAGGCAACCUGGUAGCACACCUGAGAAUACACACUGGAGAGAAACCUUAUAGCUGUGAUCAAUGUGGGAAGAGUUUCACUUCAUCUAGCCAUCUGACUACACACCUGAGAACACACAGGAGAGAAACCUCAUAGCUGUAGUCAAUGUUGGAAGAGAUACUCUGAUAAAAGAUCUGUGAUUUAAACAUCAGAAAAUACAUUUAUGAAGG